AUGGCAGCUCCAGAGGUUCACCAUCUCUUUCACCACCCGAUUGCAGACCACUCCUUCUCUGCAGACAAGCAGACACUGGCCGUGGCACGAGACACCAGCGUUGAGCUUUAUGGGCGCACAGGCAGUGGAUUCAAGCUGAAGGAUGAGUUGAAGGGACACGACAAGUUGGUUACCAGCGUCGAUAUUGCGUUAAAUACUGGGAGAAUUGUGACUUGCUCGCAAGAUCGAAAUGCCUUGGUCUGGGAACCAUCUCCAACUGGCUACAAACCAACCCUCGUCCUUCUCCGAAUUAAUCGUGCUGCAACAUUUGUACGUUGGUCACCUUCCGAAACAAAGUUUGCCGUAGGAUCCGGCGCAAGAGUCAUUGCAAUCUGCUAUUUUGAAGAAGAAAACGAUUGGUGGGUGUCAAAGCAUAUCAAGAAGCCUAUUCGAAGCACAAUCACUACUGUGGCAUGGCAUCCUAAUUCUGUUUUGCUAGCUGCUGGCUCUACAGAUGCACAUGCCAGAGUCUUCUCGAGUUUCAUCAAAGGAGUCGAUGAAAGACCGGAGCCUGGCGUGUGGGGUGAAAGACUGCCAUUCAACACCGUCUGUGGAGAGUAUUUGAACAACUCUGCUGGUUGGGUUCAUGCUGUAUCAUUCUCUCCUAGUGGAAAUUCUCUAGCAUUUGCGGCUCAUGAUAGCAGCAUUACCGUGGUGUACCCGAACGGUGCCGAUCAAGCUCCAAGAGCUGUCGUCAGCGUGAACACCCAGUUACUGCCUUUUAUGAGCCUCAUCUGGAACGGCGAGAGCGAAAUCAUUGCUGCAGGAUAUGACUGUGAAGCUUACCGUUUCAAGGGAAACGAGGGCGGGUGGCAACUCACUGGAUCAUUGGAGUCAAAGGGGCGAGCAGGUCUUGGAGCUGCACGAGAAGAAUCCGCCUUCAACAUGUUCAAGCAGAUGGACUUGAAAGGAAAGACUAACGAUGAUACCCAAUUGAAGACGGUGCAUCAGAACACCAUCAGCACAAUCCGUGUGUAUGAGGGGUCAGGUGGUGCUGUUCGAAAGUUUAGCACGAGCGGCGUUGAUGGAAGAAUCGUUAUUUGGAAUGCAUAG